AUGUGGUCCGCUUGCAAGGUCACGUGCAUAGAUCUUGCCUUCCAGGUCGUUGCCGUCCUCCCGUCUCCGCUCCGCUCAAUUCUAUCUCUCUCUCCGUCCCGUAAUACCGCCUACCGCGCCCUCUCCGUUCCUACAGAACCAAUAUCAGCACCAUCAACCAUCAUCCAAGAGAUGAGUAGUCGCGGCGGUAAAUUAGCCCCAGAAGUCAAUCGAGCUCUGUUCGUAAAGAACCUGAGUUACAACGUCACUCCAGAAGAGUUAUUCGACCUCUUCGGAAAAUUCGGUCCCAUUCGCCAGGUUCGACAGGGUAUCGCCAACAACACCAAGGGAACCGCAUUCGUUGUCUAUGAAGACGUAACCGACGCGAAGCAAGCCUGCGACAAGCUCAACGGCUUUAACUUCCAAAACCGAUACCUCGUUGUACUAUACCACCAGCCCGACAAGAUGGCCAAGUCAAAAGAGGACCUCGAAGCCCGCCGCGAAUCUUUAGCUCAGCUCAAGCAGCAGCACGGUAUCGAUUGA